AGCGCUAGGUUUUCCGAACUGCAACAUGAAGCAGAUUAACGUCGAGACAGCGACGAGAGAGCAACUCGUCGACUUCAUUCGACGCAUGCAUCCGCAGCUACAGCGUGAGCAGGAGCGUGUAAGAGAGCUCGAAUCCCAGGUUAGCGGCUUUCAAGAGUUUAUUCACGAGAAGAAUGCGGAAAUACGCGAACUGCGGCAACAGAGCGACCGACUCACCGAGAAAUCGGCGAGCGACGAAGAGACAAUUGGGGCGCUCAUAAAGCAGAUGGAGGCGAUGCGGCAAGAGCAGACGCCAUCUCCAAACAUGAUUCCUAUCACGGGCGCCUUUAGCGCCAGCACUCUGCGCGCUAGGUCAGUGGAGCAAGGCUCAGGAAAAGGACACCCAUCUGGCGAUGGGGCGGCACAUGAGAGGUCACCAGAAUCAAUACGAUCACCGGAUAGCUCAGGAAACGGAGAGGCGGCCCGCCGACCGUCACGCACGCCGCCACCACUCAAAGAAAACCUGGAGAGUGUCUUGGCACAACUGAAGUCACAGAGUGCAACUGCUGCAACCACUAUCUCUGGUAGGACAGAGGAGAUUGCCAAACUAGAGAACAAGGUGCGUGAACUUAUGGAGAUCAACGCGUUCUACUCUGCUAUUGUAGCCCAGCAUGAUCAAGAAGAGAAAGCGCGUCUAGGGCAGAAGCUUGUGCUCGGAAGCGGACAGUUAGAGGAGGAGGUUGCGGAGUUGCGGCAGGAGGUGGAGCGUCUGCAGUUGCACAUUUCAAAUAUGGACGUCCAGGAAGAGAAACUGCAGCGCGUAACUAAAGCAACCGAGGCAGAAAAGUCGGCCUUGAGAAUAGAAAAUGAACUGCUAAAGAAAGAAGCGGUUCAACUUGAGGCAGAAAUGGCGGAGAUGACGCGCGAGCACGCGCGUGCUCGUCGCUCUCUCGCAGCGGCUGCAUCACACCAGUCUAGCACCAUCGACGUGCGACUCACCUAUGCGGACACCGACGGACCUCAGGCACGCGCUGUAUCGGCACCCCAGCAGAUUUCCUCGCAGGACGCCUUACAACGUGUACCAUUAACAUCCAUGGACAGCUACACCCAACAGCCAGAGCGCCGCUACGCAUCUCUGCCGGGCUUCACGGCUUCUCGAGUAUCGCCGCUGUCUCACGAAGGGCGGCAGGGCAUGAUGAGAGGGAGUGGGGCUUCGCCAGUGGCUGCGACGAAUCUCAGCUCCGCGUCGCAUUCACGCUUUAAUUUCCGAUCCUUGCGGCCGAUACGCGUGCGCAACCCCGAUGCACACGAGCGAGAUCUUCUCGAUCGCAUACACAUCUACGAAGAACAACUGACUCAGAUGGAGCUAUUUGAGGCGGAUAGGCAGCGCAGCUUCGAUGAAAUGGAGCGCAACCGUGCGGAGAUGUUUGCUGCGAUGAACGUGCAACUGGAGAGACAAAGGAAGGAAAUUCACCGGCUGCGUAAGCUGCACGAGGACGUCUCCCUCGACUCCUCUUUCACGGCGCGGCCCUCGCACAACCAAUCUGUUGGCUCAGUUGUGAACCGAGAGGAGGAAGAGGGGCAGGCCAGCUUGCGGCGUCACGGGUCUCAUUCGCCCGUCGAGCGUUGCCUCACUGCCGUCCCAACAAGCACGCAGUCCUUGCUCAACGUGGAGUCAUACAAAUGCGUCGAUGAAGUAGAUGGGGUCGCAGGUGCCUCUGUCAACGGGCGGGACUCAUUAGCGUUACGUAGCGCUCAUCAACGUCGCCUUGCACCAUCGGCAACCCAUGUUGGGGUGAGCAGCCCAGAGGAGGAGUUCAGGUGGCACGAAAAGGAAGAGCGUCUUCUCGUUUGGAGAGCGGCGAUGGAAAGCGCGGUACAGCUGGCGGCCGGAUUUCACGCUAUCACAGUUCAAAGUUACACCAAGGAGUUGACUGCGUGUCACGCAAAGCUGCUCGGCGAGCGUGCAGCACUCACCUCGGAAUUGGAGGAGCUCCAACUUCACAAUGAAAAAUUGGAAGCACAAGUGGCGAAUCUGGAAGUGGAACUUCAUCGCUCCAGCGAGGCGGCGGAGGCCGAUCGGACGGCGCAGACCAACCCAGAAGUUGUGGACCAAAAAGUCCCUGCAGACGAGGAUGUUUUCAAGUACCUGCUCGAACAAAAAGCUCUGUGUGCCGCGCACCUGGCGAUGGACAUGUACGGCGGCCUUGUAACAAGCUGCUGUGCCUUUCUUCACGAAAUGGAGAACCAUAGUUUGGGCGCCGAAGUGUACGAGGGUUUCGUCGACCUCACGGAGGAAGUCGCACGUGACCUUGCGGAGGUGCAUGCAGCGCUGCAUUCUCUGACACAGCAACAGCGGGAAGUGCCACAGGAGUCUCACGUGAUGCUCUCUGCGACACCUUCAAUUCUUGUUGACCCAAGCACGCCGCAAUCACCUCCGACUUCCUACGUCGAUGUGGCCUCUGCGGAUAUACCGGAGCACAGCGACAACGAUAAGAACGCUGCUCAGGGUUUUCGCUCUUCCUCCUCCAUUGCUUCCUCUCCAAUUCAUUGUUCGUCUCCCGGAGAGCCAGCAGCCUUGGUUGCCGAUCAAAGGAUCCCCAUCACCGCCACUACUACCACUGGCUCGACUAGCGUGUCGACAGCUUCUGCAAAACAAGUGAAUACCGAAUCGCCCUUUUCGGCGAACACUUUCCGUGGCGAUGCAACGGCUGUUUCAAUAUCACAGGACGAUUCACGAAGGAGCAGCUUCGACAGCGAAGCUGAGGCGUGCAACGAGGACAAGACGCAACGGCAAUCAGAGGACCGCACAGCAUCGACUGAGGGUGACUCGCCGGACGAUUCUGAAGGUGAAGCGCUUGCGCAGGUGUCUGCCGAAGAGACGGACGGCACGGCGCCGUCGCAGUUUGCGGACUGCGUGGAGAAGGAUGACGGGACCGGUCGCACUUCCGUGACACCGGAGGGUGCAGAGAGGAUGGCGUCAGUUUGUACCAUGUCCGACGAAGGUAGUGACGUGGAGGGGCAUGGGGGUGCCGUUCUCGCUGCCUCCGUCAGCAGCGAACGCGAGGAAUCCGACGAAAGGGAAGGUGGGAACGCUCAGGCACCGCUGAAAGAGGUGUCGCCGAACGUGACGACAUAUAGUUCAACAAGGGCUGAUGCCGAUGUGAAAGGGGGUGCACAGGUCUAUUCCCAAGGGAGUGUAGUCGAAUUGCGCGAAAGCGACACGAUGAGUGCGACGUCGCAGCUGGAGAUGACAGAGACAGAAGAGGCAGAAUUUCUGGCGCAGUUGCAGAAAGCCAUGGGUGAGGACGGGGCAACUGGAUGGACCGUGCCUGAAGAAGGGGAGAAGACGGCGCAAGCCGCUCUGGCCAGCACUUCUUUAUCUUCUUCUCGCACAGGCAAGGAGGAGGGAGAGGAAAUCGCAGAGGUGGAAAGCCAUCACUUCGGGGAGAGCAGCGAAGGAGAAUUGGACGGACGGGCAGCAGCGACUGCGUCGGCCACAUCGUCUACAGCGACGAGCGAGGAGCAAAAGCCAGAUGGACGAGCUGCAUUGAACUCUCCGGAAGGAAAGGCGUCCUCCUCCUGCACUGACAGCGUUCAUCAAGCCAAGGCUGAGGUCGAUGCUACGACGAGCAGCAACAUGGAAGUAGUAAAGUCAGAUGUACCUUUCCCGCCUGGGUCAAACCGAGAAGAUGCGGGAGACGGACCUGAACUGUCUUUCUCCAACUCGUCUGCAGAUGUGUCGGCAGUCGCGCCUUCACCGCAUUUUCCAUCUAAUGGUGUGGCUCAAGAAGGAGAAGGCAGUGUUUCUGCAGUAACAGAAGGAUUGAAGGCAGCGGCAGCUGUAGUAGCACCUCUUCCUCCGGCCGCUGCGACUCCACCACUUAUUCCUCCUACCUCGUUGGAUGAACUCUUUGGAGGUUACCCAGGUACAACCCCGUUUCCACCGCCGCCAGCAGAUGUCCCACCGAGGGUUUUUAAAUCGCCGGCGGUGUCGUACGCGACUUCCCCACCUCCCUCAGCAUUUCCAGAGAGGAACAAGCCGGUGGACUCUUGUGCAACAUUCAGCAACCACGCGUCGUUGCCUACGCUCUCACCCAGUAGCAUGUUUGCAACGCCUCCGAGACCUGCGCCGUCCCGAACGUUCUUCAUUGGCUCCCCGCACGACGGAAGCUACGCACCACCUCAGUCGAGUCCAAAAGGAGCAAGCACACGCGGUUCUUCUUCGUCCGAUGACGUGUUUGAGGCCGGAUUCGACCCUUUUGCGUAA